UAAUUCCUUGGUUCCAGUUGGUUAUCAAGAGGUAAAACUUCCAUAAAACGAAGCAAUAUUUCCAGAUUUUCAGACCAAGUAGACCCCGUGUGCUGUUGAAGAAGGAAUGACACUAAAAAAUACCACGCAGCAAAUGCAGUGCCGACCAAAAUAACUCAAACGUAACCGAAACCGAUCCCAAUCGUCGACUCUGCGUUAUACUCGUAUGCACAUAUUGCUGUAACACCAGUCUCUGGUCGUUACGUUAAGCAGCGCCAAAAAGCAAGCCCAACGAUCAGUUUGUUUCAGUUAACCCGCCGAGAAACUUCGUAAAGGCAAGAGCUCAAGCUCCGAAGAAAAGUGAAAAGUCUUGUGGUUUUCGUUUCGUUUUUGUUUGACAAAAGUGUCAAUUGGCCAAUAAGUUCAAUUGGUUAGCGACGACGCGUCGGUAGCCGAAGUCAUACUUACUACCCCAAAAGGGGCAACUGUUUAUUGUGGCUCCUCGCCGUUGCUCUUCUGUCCCCUUUUGGUGGCUGGCAACCACGACUUCGAAAAUCGACGUGGGGAAUAUGUUUCAUUUGUAUUAUCACUGUAUCAAAAUCGAAUAUUAAAUAAUACGUCGGCAUUGGUGAAAGUGUGUUAAUAGCUUUGCAUAUGCGUUAAGAGUGCCGCGGACAAAGCUAUCCCAGUUACAAAAAAAAAAGCCCGUGCCUCGGCCGGAGACAAAACUCAUCUCGAAUCCAAGUUGAUGCAUAUGCAUGGAAGGUUAAAAGUGCAGCACAAAUAAACAGAAUUGAACAUGCGACUGUGCAAAAUCAAUCUCAAGCAAUUUGAAUAACUCGCCCAACCAAAGCGAAUCCAAGUGCUCCGAUUCACAAAGCUAAGACCUCGUCGUUGCAUUAGCAACAUGCAUCGAACUGUCGGCUUGUUGUUGAUCCUAUGUACCUGCGGCGCACUGGCGGCGGACAUUCUAAUGGCUACGCAAGGUGGAACCAAAUCACAUAAGAUACCGUUUUGGGAGCUGGCCAAGGGAUUAAUAGCCAGAGGACAUAAUAUUACCUUCCUAAAUGGGUUCCCAGCAGAUUUUCAUAUCGAAGGCCUACAGGAGGUGACACCAGCUGGCCUGGUUGAAUACAUUCAGAACUAUACGAAUUGGGAUCUUUUGGGUUCACGAAUGGCUGGAGAAAUGCCUAUAAAGCCGUGGGAUGGUCUUCGAUAUGCUUUUGAGUCGUGUGAUGCUAUGCUUGGUGAUGCGGAAACCAAAGAUUUGGCGAACCGUAGCUUUGAUCUAGCCAUAUUGGACGGAGCUUUUCCAGAGUGUGUGCUGGGACUGGUACAUCAAUACAAAAUUCCAUUCAUGUAUAUAAAUACUGUAGGCUUCUACACAGGAAGUCUCUCAGUAGCGGGGAACCCCAUUAGCUAUGCCAUAACUCCAAACUUUUACUCGCGCUUCACUGACAACAUGAGUCUCUACGAGCGGGCAAUUAACACGGGAAUGCAAAUCGGACAAAACCUAAUGCACAUGUAUGUUAUGCGCAAAACGCAUCUUGUCCUGCGUCAACAUUUGGGCUCCCAAAUACCACAUCCCUACGAGAUGUCACGCAAUGUAAGCUUUAUUCUGCAAAACGGCCAUGCAGUGGUGUCAUAUCCCAGAGCUCUCAAUCCUAAUGUAGCAGAGGUUGCUUGCAUACAUUGUAAGCCCGCUCGAAAGCUUCCCAAGGAUUUGCAGGACUUCAUUGGGGCUUCCGGAGCCUCUGGCUUCAUUUACGUGUCGAUGGGGUCUUCGGUAAAAGCUGCCAAUAUGCCAGAGUCGUUACGUCGUAUGCUAGUCAAGACUUUUGCCCGCCUCCCCUAUCAUGUACUAUGGAAGUACGAAGGAAGCUCCGCUGACAUGCAGGACCUGACGUCAAAUGUGAAACUAUCACGAUGGUUGCCGCAGCAGGAUAUUCUGGGCCAUAAAAAGCUGCGAGCCUUUGUCACUCAUGGGGGCUUAUUGAGCAUGUUUGAAACAGUCUAUCAUGGAGUGCCCGUGGUAACCAUGCCUGUUUUUUGCGAUCAUGAUGUAAACUCCGCUAAGGCUGAGGCCGAUGGCUACGCCAUUAAGUUAGACCUGGAGACACUAUCGACGAAUCAGCUCUACAAGGCCAUUAUGAAAGUGAUACACGAUUCCCGAUAUAGGAGCGCUGCCAGAUAUCGUCAGAACCUCUUGCUUGAUCAGCGCUCGACAGCCCUUGAGACUGCCAUAUACUGGACGGAGUACGUGCUCCGCCACAAGGGCGCCUAUCAUCUUCAAGCUCCAGCACGCAAUAUGCACUGGUCUCAAUACUAUCUACUAGAUGUUCUUCUUGUUUAUCUUCUUUCCUUGUACGGUCUCUUCUUGUUAAUCAAGCGACUCGACUUUCGCUCGGAGAAGCUGCGCAGCCUACACGUACCUUCGACUGCCGCGCCUACAGCCGGCAAAACAAAGUCGAAGAAGCUGUAACUGGAUCCCACCCUUAGAUAACUGAUUAGGCCGUAUAUCAGUUUAAAAUUUAAGCUUAAGUGGGUUUUGUUGUGAUGUGCGUCCAAAAAGGCUCAAACUUGAAAAAUUGUAGCUUUCUUUUCCUUAUAUUGACGGGAGAAAUUACCUUGUAAAUAUUUACUUUAUUCAUAAUGACCGAAAAUGACUUUUCCAAUAGCCUAGAAUAAAAUUUGAUCAUGGAACAUUGAAACCAAAGUCUACAAAACAAAA